UUAGGCAUCUGAUUUCCUGAAAUAUUGAACAUUCAGCAUCCCUCACUGAAUUAAAAAAAAAACAAAAAACUGUCAUAAAAUAUUUUGGUACAGUCCAAAAAGCAGUAUAUCUCCUCAUGCGCAACAUUUUAUAGCUGAGGAGAUGUAAUGAUAUUCAGGAAACUUGCUUUCCAGAUUGUAAGUAUGGGGACUAAGAUUGUAUAUCGCUUCAACAUGAUUACCUCUUACACUUGGGUUCUGAAGUUUUAGCUGUCAUAUGAAUAGAUAACAUGGAUUAAAUGUGAACCAAGACCUUCAGUUAGGAAAUAAAAAAAAAAAAGAAAGAAAAAGAAAUAAUAAAUAAAUGCAGCAAUGUGGUACUGGCAAGACCAGCAAUACAGUACUGUAAUCUAAAAGGCUUGAGCAACGUUUGUCCUAGUUUCUUGGUCAUAAAAAUCUAUUCAUGCUGGGAGAAAAAAUACUUCAAUGUUGAUGAUACUCAAAUGACAGUUUGCCUAUGUAAUUUUUGUGAUAUUGGGCAUUUAAUAUAUUGUAAGCACUUCAGAGCACCAGCAGACUUCUGGUCAGUUGCUAACACUUUUAAAGCUUUUAGGCUUCACAUUGUGGAUCUAGACCAGCUUUAAUGAUUCCAGCUCGGGAUAUUUUGCUCAGUCAGGGAUUUUUUGUUUUUAAAGCAAGAAGAAAAUGAAGCCUGAGGGGAGCUACAAAAAAGACUGUGUAGGUUUCAAGCAAAGGGUUAAAAUUACUUUUCACAAGUAAUAAAAUUUGAAAGGCACGCUGUGUAUUUUUGAGGGAGGGGGUGACAGAAAGGGAAUCCUCUAUACCAAUUGGCUAGACUCUAUCAGCUGCAGUUGAGCUCAAGCUGCUGCUAAAGAGCAGUAUUGAUCUGAAGGGUAAAUGUGCAGGGAACCACAGAGAGGGAUUCAGUCAUUUCUGAGAAGGGAGACAACCUCUUCCAGUAAGAAAGUGGUUUCUACCUGUCUGCCUUGCCUGUGAGAUCCUUGGUGAAUGAAGAGGGACACGAGAAAGGGCAGUUUGUUGCCACAGUGAUUUAGAGAAAAAGGUAUUACCUCAGUACAUGCUACUGUGCAUACUGCUGGUGCUGCUGCUCCUCUUGCUGUUGCUGCUGCAGUUUCAGCUAGCAGAAUGCUUUUUGAGAGGUUGGCCCGUUGAAGUGUACUGAAUUAUGCCGCAUUAGCCCUGGUCUAGCCACUUUACAACUGGCAGCGAUUUGUUAAACUUUCCAGUUGCCAUCUGCCAGUGAAGAGUUCAACAUCACCAGAAAAAAGCAGCAGCACAGCAUGCAGCUACCUGGAGGGUGUUGAUUGAAAACUUAGAUUGUCCCUAAAUCAGUGCUUAUUUGACUGAUGCCUCAGCUCUAUCGGAGAAAAGAUUUCAAUUAAGGUCCCUUUAGAUGGAAUUUAAUGCGGCAAAAACCUUGUCGUCAGAAGGAUUAAUGUCUGCAUUAGCAUUUACGCAAUAAAAUCAGAAGCUAAGUGGUGGAGGCCACAGACACCUCAAACCUGGAUUCUACGGCUCAGCAUUAAGUGCUGGAGUUUUUAUUACUUGCAGUAGGGAAGCCUUUGCCAAUGCUUACAAGGAACUGCUUAUCCCUUCUUCUUUGGGUCCUGUUUGAUGGAGGUCUCCUAACGCCACUGCAACCACAACCACAGCAGACUUUAGAAGCCGAGCCAAGAGAAAAUGUUGUCACAAUGCCAGGGAGGAGGUCAUCCGCCCAGCGGGUCAAACGAGGCUGGGUAUGGAAUCAGUUUUUUGUGCUGGAAGAAUACAUGGGCUCCGAACCUCAGUAUGUGGGAAAGCUUCAUUCUGACUUGGAUAAGGGAGUGGGCACUGUUAAAUACACCCUCUCAGGAGACGGAGCUGGCACAGUUUUUACUAUUGAUGAGACCACAGGGGAUAUACAUGCCAUAAGGAGCCUUGAUCGAGAAGAAAAGCCUUUCUACACACUCCGUGCUCAGGCUGUGGAUAUAGAUACCAAGAAACCACUGGAGCCUGAAUCAGAGUUCAUCAUCAAAGUGCAGGACAUUAAUGAUAAUGAGCCAAAGUUUCUGGAUGGACCCUAUGUUGCCAGUGUCCCAGAAAUGUCUCCAGUGGGUGCUUACGUGCUUCAAGUCAAAGCUACAGAUGCUGAUGAUCCCACGUAUGGAAACAGUGCCAGAGUGGUUUACAGCAUACUUCAGGGGCAACCAUAUUUCUCCAUUGAUCCUAAGACAGGUGUAAUAAGAACAGCUUUGCCAAACAUGGAUCGGGAGGUUAAAGAACAGUAUCAGGUACUGAUCCAAGCCAAGGACAUGGGAGGACAGCUGGGAGGACUAGCUGGCACUACCACUGUAAACAUCACUCUCACGGAUGUAAAUGACAACCCGCCCCGGUUUCCAAAGAGUAUAUUCCAUUUGAAAGUUCCUGAGUCCUCACCUGUUGGUUCAGCUAUUGGGAGAAUCAGAGCUGUGGAUCCUGACUUUGGGGAAAAUGCUGAAAUUGAAUACAACAUUGUUCCAGGAGAUGGAGGAAACUUGUUUGACAUCACCACGGAUGAGAACACACAGGAAGGGGUUAUCAAAUUGAAAAAGCCAUUGGACUUUGAAACAAAAAAGGCAUACACCUUUAAAGUAGAGGCCUCCAAUCUCCAUCUUGACCAUCGAUUUCAUUCUGUGGGUCCAUUCAAAGAUACUGCUACCGUGAAGAUCAAUGUGUUGGAUGUGGAUGAACCUCCCAUUUUCAGCAAACCUAUGUACACCAUGGAGGUUUAUGAGGAUACACCUGUUGGGACUAUUAUAGGUGCUGUAACUGCACAGGACCUUGAUGUGGGCAGCAGUUCUGUUAAGUACUUCAUAGAUUGGAAGAGUGAUGUGGACAGCUACUUUACAAUAGAUGCAACUGAAGGAACCAUUGCAACUAAUGAAUUAUUGGACAGAGAAAGCACCGCCCAGUAUAAUUUCUCUAUAAUUGCAAGUAAAGUUAGUAAUCCGCUAUUAGCCAGCAAGGUCAACGUUAUAAUAAAUGUCUUGGAUGUCAACGAAUUUCCUCCAGAAAUUUCAGUGCCAUAUGAAACAUCUGUAUGUGAAAAUGCAAAACCAGGACAGGUAAUUCAAACUGUCAGUGCUGCAGACAAAGAUUUGUCACCGGCUGGGCAAAGAUUUUCAUUUAGACUGUCACCAGAGGCUUCCACCAAACCAAAUUUCACAGUCCAUGACUACAGAAACAACACAGCUGGAAUUGAAACCAGGAGAAGUGGUUACAGCCGUAGGCAGCAGGAGUUGUAUUUCCUUCCAGUUGUGAUAGAAGACAGUAGCUAUCCUGUACAGAGCAGCACAAACACAAUGACUAUCCGGGUUUGCAGAUGUGAUUCUGAUGGUACCAUUCUAUCCUGCAAUGUUGAAGCAAUCUUCCUACCAGUAGGCCUCAGCACUGGGGCUUUGAUUGCAAUCUUGCUAUGUAUUGUUAUACUCCUAGUCAUUGUUGUGCUAUAUGUAGCAUUGAGAAGGCAAAAGAAAAAAGACACCCUGAUGACCUCUAAAGAAGACAUCAGAGACAAUGUCAUCCAUUAUGAUGAUGAAGGAGGUGGAGAAGAGGACACCCAGGCUUUUGACAUCGGUGCAUUGAGGAAUCCAAAAGUGAUUGAAGAUAAUAAAAUACGCAGGGAUAUAAAACCAGAUACUCUCUGUUUCCCACGUCAAAGACCACCAGUGGAAGAUAACAGAGACAUAAGAGAUUUCAUAAAUCAAAGGCUGCAGGAAAAUGAUGUAGAUCCCACCGCACCCCCUUAUGACUCGCUGGCAACCUAUGCCUAUGAAGGAAAUGGAUCUGUAGCAGAGUCUCUCAGUUCUAUAGAUUCACUUACGACAGAGGCAGACCAGGAUUAUGACUACUUGAGUGACUGGGGACCACGGUUUAAAGUCUUGGCAGAGAUGUUUGGAGAAGAAGAAAGUUAUAAUCCUGAUAAAGUCACUUAGGGGGAAAAACACAAAACAAAACAAAAGUAAAAGAAAAGCAAAUGAACCAGAAAUUAAAAACAAAACCCAAGCUUUAUAGAACAAAAAUUGUUUGAUUAUAAAAGACAGCAACUGUUUUCAGCAAGUUACUAUAUCAUACUGUCAGUUUUGGUUUGCUCUGCAAAGAGAGGAAACAUCCUGUAAUAUAUACUUUUGUUGUUGUUGUUGUUGUUUUGUUACUUUGGAAUCACACUGAGACAAACUCAGGCCUAUUAGCUACAAUUUACUGACAUGACAACUUAGAAAGAAGAUAGCUUUCUGGCAUCAUGGUGGAAGAGUGGUAGAGUUUUCUAAAUUCCACUAAAGUGCCUAUUGAAACUUGAAUCAUUUACAAUGGUAAAGACUCUACUGGGAGGGUAUUACAGAACUGAGUGGUAAUCUGGACAUAAAGGACAUUAACUUUAUGUCAAGAAGCAAUAGCAACAUGCUGACUCCUAAUUCUUUUAAAACAAAAGUGAAAAUGACUUCCUGGAACACGUCUGGUGAUGACAGUUCAAAGAAAUUGUGUUUUUCUUUUCUUUUUUUUCUCUCUGCUUUUCUUUUCUUUUAAGAAUAAUUGUAUGCCAACACAUCACAUUUUUUCUGCCCACCUUUAAUGGUGAAUUUAAAUUUUAAAAUGCUAUUUUUCAGUUUUAAGAUUCAAAGCCCAAAAUUUUUUAAAAAGUUUGAGCUUGACAUAAUUCAAUGAAUAUUUUAAAUGUUCAUUAAAGUGUUAGUUUUUUUCCAGAAUAAAUAUAUAUAUAUAUGAAAAUAACUAUUCCUUUAUAUAAAGGAAACUCCCCCCGCCCCCCUUCAUUUAAAGUGAAGGACUUAGAGUUGUUCGGAGGGUCAUUGCACUUUUAGUAUCAGUGUCAUUUUUCACUGUAAGUAUCACUAAUGAAAUAUAUGUAAAUAUCUUCAUAGUACUUUUCUUUGCAAAUAGUUUAUUUUGUAGGUACUGUAGACAUACUUAAUAUAGAGAGGUAGUAUAUUUCAGCAUUUCAACAAUCUCCUCAUAAAACCUAUACAAUUGGUCACAUACCUGCAAUUCGACAUAUAGACAGUAUUUUGGUGCCAGUACUUGUAUAACAUCAAAAGUUUCAAAUGUCUUAGGGAACAUCUUGAAGAUGGAACCUAAUAAUUAUCACCCACCAAAAUCUUCAGAGAGACAUUCUAAACAGGUAAUAUAUUAUAUCUAUGUACACAUCACAUGCACAUGUAUGUAGAUGUGUAGAUAUCAUACAAAUGUGCAACUAUGCGGUACAUGGGAGGAAUAAUCUUGAAGAUUUCUUGUAAUAUCAUUUCUUGUGAAUUUUUUUUUUCUCUGAUGGACUAAAUCGUGGUGUGUAUCAGAAGAGUUUAUGGCCCUCAAAGUGAAUACAGUGUUAUAUUCUUUUGCUCUCAGGCCUCAGCAUCACUUCAUAAUCUGCUUGAACUGCCUUCAUGAUUAACAACAUUAGUUUUAGGCUUGAAUGGAUUAGAGCCUUUUAUUCACCACAGGCCACAUUUUGUAAUAUUAGGCAUAGUUAACAUUUGUUUUAAUAAAAUAGAAAGACCCAGUUCUAUUUUAAGUUAAGGUUCCUUUUCAUUGCUGUGAAACUUAAUGGAGUCAAAGUAUGGCUGAGAACAGUAUAGAGAACAGUACUAUACCGUAAAUGAAAAUCUUGCCUUCCCAGAACAAUUUGAAUGUACGGAUGUAUCAGAAGAGCCCCACGAGAGACGCAGUGUCUGCUGGCAAAAAAGAAGUGUUUUUGCUAACAUAACUACAUCAUCUCUGUGAAUGACAUAAUAAAGCCCAACAAAAGUGUUCUUCUGUUAGCACAGCUGGAUCUCUAUCAGUGUCUUGCCAGCAUAGGUUUGUCAGGCAGGCACAUGAUUUUUAACCACUCCAAACUAAAAUAGGUAUGCCAGCAGAACUUUCUAGUGUAGAUGAAGCCUAACAGAGAAAUUUGUUUGAAGUCAGUGACUUGUUGCUAUUUACUACAGAAACUUAAUCCAGCCAAAAUUCAUUGUUGCAGGUGUACCAUGUUCUUGGUUUUGAAUAUGUGAUGUUUCAUCAUUUUUACCAGUAGGACUUUAAUUACUUCUCUUCUUUAUAGCAGAAUGCUGAAUUAGGCAUCCUACACUGCAUACUCAAAGCCACCUGUGCUCUCCUCUGCUCUUUGUUAUUACUUUAGAUCCUUUAUAUGGAUUGCUCUAGUAAUGCAGUAGAGUAACUAAAAACAGAGUUUGACUUUCUGAUUUUAUCUAGUGUGAUUGUUCCUAAGGAGGUUAUAAUUCCACAGUUUGUGGAAAGGAACAUUAGGAUUCUGGCAUAAAUUGUCAUUUAUUCUGGACAGGUCAAUCUGCAGGGAAGCCUAGACUCCAAAAAUAGAAGGCAGAGAAUACAGUCCUUACCAAGCCAUUGCACACAUGUUUAAAAGUGAGUAACUGGAUGCUAAAUAAAUACCAAAUUGAUGAUCAAAUUCAUAUUUUGACAUUUAAGAGGUUUGUAAUUGAGAUGUUUCUAUCAUAUAAUUAAUCCUUCAGAAAGAGUUUUUUAAAAUUAAUUGGUAUGUAAUUAUUAAUGUAAUUGUCUUAUACAAUCUUAAUUAAAAUCUUUUAUUUGAGACACUUAAUUUAAAGAGUGAUCAAACCAUUUUAAUUUAGCUUGUUGAGUUAGUUUUGCAAAUCGAUAUGUGGGAGUAGGAAGAAGGAUGUGUUUAUUGUUAGUGCAUGGGUCAGGGACUGACUUAGGAAAAAUAGGUUCAACUCUAGAGUCUGCUACAGCCUCCCUAUAUCACAUUGGUGAAGUUCUUUAAAGUCAGAUUAUCCAAAGUUGUUUAGAUGUCUAAUGAUGCCUAGGAGGAUUUUUAAAAUAAGCUUUUAUUGGCAUCAGAUUCCAAUUCAAAUCAAUUGCACUAUGUCCCUGCCUAGUUUUUAUUUAAGUCCUAACUGCCUUUGAAAAGCUGGUCCUGGCAGCAUGCCUCCUGUACUGUGACAACAGUAUGUCUCAGCAAAGAUGUUACUGAGUAGGCCUCAUCCUCCCACUCACACUGUGCAAACCAAGAAAUGUAAUAGUGAAGGUGCCUACUCUUAAGCAGAUUGAAAACAGUGGUCUCUAGAAUGACCACAGAGAACACCCUAGAGCAGCUUCACCAGUAUUUUUCAGGUUUGGAGCAUGCAUGCAGGACCAAGUGGGUGGGUGCAUGUCUGCCUAGGGCACACUACCUCUGCAGUGCAGACGUGGCCAAUCCAACUUCCAUUAAAGUUAGUGGAAAAUUUUCCACUAUGUGUAGUUCAAGAUAGAUUGGACCUAUCUGUGCAUAAGUUCCACAUCUUUCCUAUUUUGCAGAGGUCCUAGGAAGAUAAAUACCCUAAUAUAUGAAGAUGAGGGAUAUAUAUAUAUAAAGUGAGAUAAAUAUUGGGGCAAAUAUUGUCUUGCAAUUUUGGAUGUCCAACACUUCUGAAAACCAGACCUUUUUAAAAUGAGUAAAGUUAGGCACCAAAAACCCAUUUAUCCCUGGCUAAUUUUUUUAAGUUAAAGAUUUGGUCUUGCACAAUGAUACCUCCAGGUAAAUCCUGGGGCCACUAUAGAACCCCUCUGAAGUCAAUGGGUCUACAUUCUGACACAUAUUUCAGUUUGCAGAUGGAUAGAUCCAUGCUAAUUGGUAGUGAUUAUCCAAGUGCUAUUCACCUAGCCAUCCUAUCAUCUGUCAUUGCUAGUGGUACUGAAAGAAACUGCUCAAGGUGCAAUAGGUCAUAUAAGAAGAGAGAGGUGUAAAAAAAUCUCAGUUGGAAUAAAAAUUUAAAACUGAUAGGGUCAAAUGAUAUUCAGACCUGAGACCUUUUUGUAUCUUAAUCUGAAAUGAGAGUUUAUUAGAAUUUAAGGAAAGAAACUAUUUUAAAAAAAUUGGGAAAGUUCAUAGAGUUUCAAUAUGUGAUCAAACUAUAUAAGCUUAUUGGAAUCAAGCUUUACCAAAAUUCUGCCCUGCAAAUCUGAAAACCUUGACUGGGAUUCUUGAAAUAUAGAUUUGCAAGAGAUAAUAAUUCAAGCUGCAAGGAUUUGAGAACAGAUGAAAAUUGAGAAUGUUUUAUGGAGAAAUAUUUUUCUGAACAUGAUGCCUUAUAGAGUCUGCUGUAAAUUUUCUGUGUUGCUCCGAUAUAAAUUCAAGAUUACUCUACUGAAGACAAGAGAGUUACUCAAUAUUUAUAACAGAGUACAUAAGAGAAAAAAUAACCUUCUGUGCACCUAAAAAAGACUUAGGUGAAAUUUAGGCACCCAACUCCCAAAGAAUGAUCUGACUUGACCGCACUAAAUUGCCCACACUCAGGCACCUACAUUCUUUAGAAGCCUCCAUUUUGGUCUGAAAAGUUUCCAAGUCACCUAGACCCGAGCUACUUCACAUGAUCAGAAGCAAUUCAGACCAGCCACCUGAGUGCCUAACUCUCACUUCUGUUGCAAUCCAAAUGGAUGAAGGAGACACCUAACAUCUACCCAGAACAUACGCCUGGGCAGAGCAUGCCAGCCACUGUUUGAGGCUAAGAACACACCUGCAGCUCACUAAGAAAUGGGGUGGGAAUAGGGCCCAUCUUUUGCCAAACAAUUUAGUGGUAAGAUCACUUUUUCAGAAAAUUAGGCUAAGUACAGAUAUUCAAAACGCCCAAAGUGGAAUUGAUCUAAGUUAUGCAGCUUUUUGUAAGUGGCAUAGUUUAGAUUGGUAGCAAACAAAACACACAUUCACCCUUUAAUUGGGGAAGAGAAGGGCAAACAUUAGACCAGGUUCUGCCAUUUUUCAACCCUUCUAUAUGUGGCAAACUUCUGUUCUGUUACAGGUAUAGACUGGAUUUGUGUGCUGAACUUCUGUUCUGUUACAGGGGUAGACCUUGUACUGACCACUUAUACCAGGAAAAGCGUAAUGCCUGUACCUGGCCUUAGAGAGCUGGAUUCUAGAUUAUAAUUUAUCUAAUGGAAUUCAAAUUAACAUCUCACACUUCCCAGAAGAAUGCCAUCAGCUAUGACAAGUUGGGUGCCCCCACUUCCAUGUCCUUUCUUCUGUUGAAACUGGCUUACUGGGCAGACAAAAGGGCAAGCUUCAUGAAGCCAGAAGAAAAGAAUACAAGUGAAAAUCUGUGACCAAGUGGAGGAGAGGGAGAGAGAAAAUCUUACAUUCACAUCUCUGCUACCAAGGUUAUUUCUGCUUUGUGUGCAUUUGCUUUAAUGACUGUACACAUACCCUCAUCACUGAACUAGUUGUAUUCAUUCUUGCCAACUUGCUAGAGUGUGUAUUGCAUUUUUUAUUAGAACGUGUUUGUUGUCCACCUUGGCCUAUGGAUUUUGCAGCUUUCUCUGCUAUGUAGAAGGGAUGCCCACCUUCCCUUUCAUAAUGUGACAGUUUGGGCAUUUAUUUGGGAAGUAUAUGGCUGCCUACAGAUGUUUAGGUACCCCACUUUAACUCAUGGUACUUUACACAAAGUGCCAUGAGUUAGGGCACCCCCUUGCCCAGAAGACAUUUGCCUGUUGGGUCAGGGAUGAGGGGAGGCUCCAGCCUCCUUACACUGGCCUGUCCAGCAGGUGGGGGUGCCCCAGCAGCCUCUGAGGAGCCUGAUGAACCAUCCUUCUCCCCAUCCCCACCCUCCAGCUCCAGGACUGUCAGUGGGGGACCAAGAGGGAGGAGGAGGGAGCAGCAGCAGCUGCUGGUUAACCUUGGCCUGGCCAGAGCUGGGGGGAAGACAGCAUACAAAGGAGCCCGCUCACCUAGUGGGCCCUUCUCAGCUACCCUAAGCUGGGGGUAGCUGAGCUGGGUCCAUGAGGUUAAGGUGCUCUCUUCCACCCUGCUCCCCAAAUCAAGCUGUGGUCAGGCCAAGCUGAACUUGCAGCAGCUGCUGUCGAGUCCCAGGCAGGGUAGUAGGGGAAGGGAGCCUUUCUUGACUCGUGCCCCCCCCCGCCCCCAGCUACCCCAGCUGGGGUAUUGAGGGGAGCUGGGAUGGGCCCACAAGGAGGAGGGGGAUCCUUUUCCCCACCACCUGCCCAGGACUUUUGGUAGUGGCAACAGCAGCUACAGACUGGGCUUUGCCUGGCCAGAGCUGGAGUGGGGCUAGGGUGGAACAGAGCUCCUUUGUCUCAUGGUGUCCCCACCUCCCCCAGCUACCCUGGCUCAGGUAUUGGGUGGAGCUGGGCUUGGCCCAUGAGGUGAGGGGAGUCUGUUCUACCCUGCCCCCCUCUUCUAGCUCCAGCCAGGCCAAAACUAUCUGGCAGCAGCUGCUACUCCCUCCCCCUGCUGACAGCUCCAGGGCUGAGGCUGGGGCUCACCAGUGCAAGCCCCAGCCUCAGCCCUGCCCCCAUGUGAAAACUUAACCCUCGAGGGAACACAGAUUCUCUAAGGUACUCUGCUUUAGAGCACCUUCAUCUAACAUCCCAUUUGACAAGAGUUCAUUUUCAUGUGAUCGCCUAUUUUACAAACACUCUGCAGCCAUGAAUGUGUGUUAUAUCAUGGCUGUAGAGUGCUUUCAGGGGCCCGAUCAUGCAAAAAUGUAACUUUUUUAAGCUCCCUGUGCUGUAGAUUUAAAACCCUAGAUAUCUGACUUCCUUGACUCUUGCCUCCUCUGCAAUCCUAUUGGGAAAAAGUUAAGCAUGACCCCCCCCACUGACUGUGAUCAAAAAGUAAAGGUAGGGGGAAUAUAAAGUACAAAUAUAUAUUGUGCUUUAUAUUAAAGCCAACUCUGCUGUUGUUAUAGGUGUUUUGAUUCAAUUAUGUACCUUCCCCCUGAGUGGCCUGGAAUUUUACUUGAUGGACAAUCUGCCCUUGCAACCCUGGGUCAGAUGCUUAAGCAGGAGGAGGUAUUCAGACUCAUGUUAACGGCUACCUAACUCACUUUCUGAGUUGCCUUGAUCUCUACAUUCACUGUACAGAGUAAACUCAGAUGCCUAACUCAGGCACUGUGUAUUCACCUAAAUUUAUAUGUUGCAAUGCCUUAGUGGAGGCACCUAGAAGGUUUAUUUGGAUCUGGCAUUAAGUGCCUCUAUAAGGAAUUGACAAUAUAAUCCUACUAGAGAGGUUUCCUUGAAAAUACUCAUAUCAAAAAUCGAGUAAAGAAGCAUAAAGGAAACUGAUCUUUCAAUUAGAGACUGAAUAAGUUACUGUUCUACAGCAACAAGCACUAUAUUUAUUUUAUCAUUAAUUGCAUCUAUGAAAGAGAUCUUAAAACUAAUUCAACACAGCAUGCUAAAUUACAGCCCGGUAGACACGUCUACAGGAGAUGCUACAUUGCUGUAGCAGCGCACUAGGGUGAUGUAGCAUCAGCAGGCAAAAACCAUGAUGCCGCAGCUAUGUUGCCAUAGCGAUGCACUCCCUGGUAUAGCGCAUUGCAAUGGCGAUGUAGAGGCAUAUGUAGAUGUGCCUUGUGUUAGCUACAAUGAGAGAGAGCUGACUACACCAUUAAAGUAUAGUUGAUCAUUCUUCCAAAUGGUAUUAGUCUGUUUUUAAUUUGUUGACUUCUUUGUAUACAUAAGUUAUUAAAAAAAUGCUUUUAAUAUAUUGCACUUUACAUCUCCUGAAUAUUAAGAAUGUUGUAAGCAUUUGAUGGAAGUAAAUAAUGAAAUGACUCCUACUAAUGACCCUACCGGGGGGUGACAUUUAAUUGAGCAUAAAAAAAUCAAGAUAUUAUAACACUACCCAAAUAUCUCCUAAUGCCAAAUCAAGUUCAAUAAAAAUCUAGUGCAUGUUUAUUUAAAUUUUGAACAGGAUAAAUUGUCUAAGCAAAAGCAACAAUGACAGUACUAAAUUAAAUCAAGGUAACUUCCUGUUUUAACUGGUAUUUAUUUCUAAAAGAUUGAAUUUUGUUCUGAUUUCUUUUUAAAAUGUAUUUAUUUAAACUUUGCUCCUGGAGUUUUUCAUCAUGGCAAAAACAUCCUGCCAUGUCUACUUUCAUCAAAACAAUGUUAUUUUUCAAGCUACUACUUUUUCAAACACAAAGAUACCAAUAGUAAUACGAUAGAUGGUUAGUGGAUUUCAUUCUUUGCACUAAAUGAAAUGUUGAAUAGUUACCAAAAAAAGAGAAGUAUGCUUUCACAAUUUGUGCAUUGAGACUGAUGUUCAGAAUCCUUUUUACAGAGUGGUAUUUUUCAACUGGUGAGAGCAGGAUACUGGGAGUCAGCACACUUAUCUCUAUUUCUGCCAGUGAUUCACUAUUUGACUCUGAAUGAAAUGUUUAGAGUAUAUCUACAGCCCAGUAGUAAUAUGUCCCAGUCAGGAUGUUUCCAAACUGAGCAAUAUGCCAGUGAGGCCUCUUACUUUUUGGUUCUCAAGACCUUAGUCUCCAGCAUCUUUGAAAAUGGCCACUAGGACCUGCUAGGGCAAUAUACACAUACCUCUAACUUCUCUGCACAUUCACUUUAUUAUCUGUGAAAUGGAUAUAAUAUGUAUGUAAGGUCACUAUGAAUUAUAUUGUGAGGUAGUUGUGAACCUGCAUUCAUGGUUGUAAAGGGGUCUGUAUUUCUUAGAUGAAAGUUCAACAUGUAGCUGACAUAGUUUUAAAGAAUAUGUGAGACUUGCUUGGAUAAGAUUUGAGGAACAGCAAAGUAGCUAAUAAUUACCUGUCAAUAACUAAAUUCAUUAUUUAAAAACUGGAGCUUCCAGGUAGCGUCUUCCUUGCAACAUUCAUGUGUAAAGGGGCUUAAUACCAGUUACUCUGUUCCUGGCCUGCUGACAGGGUGAACUAGAAAUCAAGCAAUUAAUGAGAGAAGACCUGCUCAUAAGCAACAUUGAUAGGCUAUGCAAGCUAAAGCCUUACUUUAUGAAGGCUGUAUGAAUAUCAAUGUUUGAACUCUUCUAAAAAAAAAGCUUCUUGACUUUGAGUCCAUUAGCACCUGAAAAAUUAGGCAAGCUUUUCCCCAGAGGAAAUAUUUUGGUGUUCUUUUCUGAUUUUGCUGUAUGAAUUUAUAUAUAAAAACCCCUACAGUCUCGAUAUGCUGAUUUUAUAACAAAAUUAAAGCACUGCUAUAGGAGUCCUUUUCUGUAACUCACAUCAUUGUGUUACCUUGCUCAAUCCCACUGAAAUCAGGUAGGCAGUUUGUUGUUCUCUGAUCCAGAAUACAGUCACAUUGUCAUGCAUGAUACCUUGUGACUGCUUAUGAUUUGUAGCUGUGAAUUUCAAGUUCUUCAAAAUCUUAUUUUCAAUCUUUGAUGAAAAUUGUUCUCCCAGAGUGGUUCAACACCAGUGGUUAGAUCCCCUUCAUUAUGCCCAUUCUGUUUAUGUAUGUAUGUGCGUGUCCUAUAGCUUCCCUUGGAUUUUAAAAUGCCAUGACUAUUUCAAAUCCUACAGCUAGGGUUACCUUUAUAUUGUAUCUUUACAUUUUUAUACAUAAGCUGAACAAUACACUGAUGAGUGUAAGUGGUGCUGUUGGAUUUGGUCUUGAUGUAGUUACUGAAUAAUUUCAUUAUGGGUUAAAGAGAAAGAACAGCACCAGAUAAGCAUGAAGUAAACAGAGAGAAAAAGUCCAGUACUUGAUACCUUUAAUGUUCAAGUGGAUUGAACAUUAAAUCAACACUUGGAACAAGUGGAACACUUUGAUUUAUACACUGUUCUGGUUAUUCCUGUACAUCUUAGGAAUAUAUCCAAAAUAUCAAGGGGAAGUAGGACUGUCAUAGCAAUGUUCUAAAAGUAUAUCUGCUGCAGUCCUGAUGAUAAUGAUGAUGAUCCAGGUGAGUCCUACUACACUGGUACUAAGCUCCGUGUCAAGGAUUACUUAUGCCUCAGAAUGGUGAGGCUCUGACUUUUUGAUACAGUUAAUUUAUGAUACAGAGAACCUCCCUUCGUCUUCAGAAUCCUUUACCUUCUUGGUGUCUAAAUUGUAUGGAAAAAAAAUAUCCAGGGAAGAUUUAAAAUAAACAUGCCUUAAUAGAA